GUCGGAGCUCAGCUGGACUGGACAUUGGCUAACGUUUGGAUGCUGGGUGUUCUACCGUCUAAUCAUCUGAUGGUGCAGCAAGCCCUUUGUUUAUACGGAACGAGCUCUGGAUAUUCCUCAUCCCCGUCAUUGUCGCGCUCGUCCAGGUUGGUCUGUUUCUGGAAGAGAUGGGUUUCUUCCUCCGCAACGUUCGUAGCACACGGAGGACCUGCCUCUACUUGUGGAUCCUUGGAAUGUACCCGGUUUUCUGUAUUUCCUCCAUCAUCGGGCUCUAUAUCCCUCGGUCUUCCUCAAUUUGCAACUUUGUUGCUUCAAUAUAUCACUCCAUAACCCUUUGGAAGUUCCUGGACCUGAUCACAGAUUUCUUUGGAGGGAAAGCACGGAUGAUGGAGGAGUUGGAAGGCCAGAUGGUCUCUCCGAACCCUGCGCCAUGCUGCUUCUGUUGCUGUUUCCCUAAUAUUGUGGUGAACAGGACCAGCGUGAGGUGGAUGAAUAUUGCAGUGUACCAGCUGUCCGUAGUCAGAACCUUGCUCUUCUUCGUCGGUCUCAUUCUGUGGACUGAUGACAAAUACGACUAUGGAGAUGUUGAUUACACCAACCCAAAUUCAUAUAUCAAUGUGAUCAUCGGUCUUUCAACCUUCCUGUCUUUCUAUGGAUAUCUGCUUUUCUACAAAGUCACCAAGAAGUCUCUGGAGGGUUAUAGUCCACGCUCCAAAUUUAUCUGCAUCACGCUGGUGCUGUUUCUGUGUGGCUUGCAGAAUGGAAUACUGGAGACUAUGGCGGCACUCGGUGCCAUCCCCUGCGUGCCACCAUUUACUGUGGAGACCCGCUCUCAGACCAUCUUUAACUACGCUCUGACCAUGGAGAUGUUUUUCAUCAGCUUAUUUGCUCGUUACUGUUUCCGGAGGGUGGAACCAGGGCCUGACAGAGAAUCACUGGGCCCUGAAGGGACCCAGGACAAGUCCUCGCAGACAGCAUUUGCUGGCCGCUACAGCCUUUCUGAAGAGGAGUACACAAACUCCAGUUAUAUGAUGGACAGCGAUGAAACACUCUGCCACAUUGAACAUGCCCCACUGGAUAAAUAUGACUUUCUGCAGCCACAGGAGGACGUGGCCCCCAUAGCUAGGCACUCGACACCCUGGGGACUGCCAUUAAAUGAGGCCAAAGGUCUGGCAGUAGAAAUGGGAAACCUGAACUCUGCAGGUGUGAUGGACGUGGGUAACAGUACGUCUGCUUCCUCUGGAAAAGGAGUCCUGCAAGUCCAGGCCCAGAUUAAUUACAUUAACGAGGCUACUGUAGUGUAAGUGCAGGGAGGAACCAGCUCCAUAUUAGUCCAUGUAAUGCCUGGCAUGGAGUUAUUAUCCACUUUAUUCAAAAUCCUCACUGCCCCUAUAGCAGACCUCCCUGGUACACCACACUCCAGCCCUCACUGGCCCUACAUCAGACCUCGCGGACACCCCACACUCCUGCCCUCAGUGCCUCUGUACCAGACCUCCCUGUUACACCACCCUCCAGCUCAGUGCCUCUA